AUGGCUGCUGAAGACAACUGGCAGACAAAACUCCAGACUAUCGUCGAGAGAACCGCGUUUAUUUUCAACAAUGAUAUGCUAAGCGACGUGAAAUUUGUCGUUCCUGUGUCGAGUGGAGAAACCAAAAGUACGAAAGUGAUCCCAGCUCACAAGUUUGUGCUAGCAAUCAGUAGUCCUGUGUUCUUUGCUAUGUUCUAUGGUCAAAUGGCGGAGAUCAAAGACUCUAUCGAACUACCUGACUGUGAUUACGACAGUCUGUUGGAGUUGUUUCGCUUCCUCUACAGUGACGAAGUGACUUUAAGUGGAGGUAAUGUGAUGCAAGUGAUUUACUUGGCGAACAAGUACAUGGUGCCUUUCCUCGUUGAGAAGUGCACAGAAUAUCUCCGCGACAAUUUGACAGCAGCAAACGUGUUUAGCAUUCUGCCAUACGCCCAGAAAUUUCAGGACGAAAAUUUGGAAGAACGAUGCUGGAAAGUUAUCGAGAUUUUCACCGGGAAAGCUGUGACGUCAGACGACUUCGUCACAGCUGAGCGAUCUGUUGUUGAAUCUCUUGUGAAGAGAGAAGUGUUGUGCGUGACGGAAGUGGAACUGUUCAAAGCUGUUGAUCGCUGGGCCACAGAAGAAGGACAACGGCAGGGACUUAUACUUGAUGGAGAGACGAAGAGACGACUUCUUGGAGAGGAAAUCGUGAAAGGAAUUCGCUUUCCGUUAAUGUCAUUAGCAGAGUUUGCUACGGUAGUCUGUGACACUGCUAUUUUAUCUAGGAAGGAGACUGAGGACAUGAUUAAAUACUACGGCAAUGUCUUGAAAACUCCUUUACCAUUUUUGCAGGGAGCAAGGAAGAAGCUUCCUGUGUUUCGGGUCAACAGAUUUAACAAUUAUGGUAACCCAACUACGGGCCCAGGUUGGAAUUACAUUAAUAGCUUCCCUGACAGAGUUCUCUUCUCCGUGAACAAGCCUAUUAAGUUACUUGGAAUUCAGCAUUUUGGUUCUGAUGGUGGCGAGCACACAGUCUCCACUGAGGUCAAAGAUACAGCCACUAGUUUAACUGUUGUCAAACGAUCAGGAACCUUCACUUCAAAAAAGGAGACGAACAAUAACUAUUAUGGCUUUUUUGUUUCGUUUGGUAACCUGGUUUGCUUGGACGCAAAUAAGCAGUAUACGCUAGAGUCACUUAUCAACGGUCCUGAAUCAUGGUACGGAACAGAUGGGCAAACAUCUGUUGAAGCAGGAGGAGUGCAAUUUACUUUCAGUGAUCCAACAGGUACUGGCAACGGCACCACCGUAGCAGGAGGCCAGUUUCCAGCUUUUAUUUUCAUCUGAACUGUAUCUGUAUCUACGUACAGUUGAUAUCAAUAUCCUGACUCAGUUAGUUUUUGCGAAAUUGGUCACAGUAUUUCUCACUGGUUAUUACAGCAAAAAUAUGCCAAGCCUUGCUUACAAAAUGAAUUAAUAGAUAAUAAUAAUUUUGUGAUAACCUUAACCCUUGUUACCCUAAGAGUGACCAGCAUUUAAUUUCCCUUACAGUAAUCACGUUGCUAGAUCGUUUGUUAAGAUGAUGAGAAAGUAGGAAAUGAACGCCAACCUAAGAAAUUUUGAUUGUUAAACAAAUUCUCCUUAUCAGUACCAAAGGAAAUGUAUAGAAAAGAGUAUGGAGAACAUGGAUUUUGAUGUUAAGGUGUAACGGGUUAAGUCAUUGAAAUAGUGUCAUGGAGACUCAGUUAUUGUUGCUCAGAGCUUAUCAAGUCAAUUUACAGAUAAAGUUUUCAUUAUAAUAAAUAAAAAUGAUCACAAAAGAGUUUGACAAUCUUUCUUGGUUUUGAAAUUAGCCAGUGAUAUCUGGUCUUUUAGUGCAAGGUUUAUCCUCAGUAAUUUCUCUAUGAAACAAGCUUUAUCAACCCUUUCUCUUAAAUCCUUUAAUCUUUUCAUGAGGAUCUUCGUCUAUCUUCUCCUUACGGUAUCACUGCUGAAUACAACGUUAAGGGGCUACUCGUUAUUUAUCACCAGGGGGGGAAGGGUGUGUGGAGAUUUUUUGUGUGGGGGGAUCACGUGGGUUUUAGGGGGCACAGAGGAGUAAAAAGGGGAGGACUACAGAAAAGUGACUCCCAAUUAACUGACCAUGGAGGGGAAUCAUAAGAAUAUUAUGGUAGAGUUAGAAAGUGGAGAGGCGAGACCAAAAUAUAGUACUGGAAGUAAUAUUCUUGUUGUAAAUUAAAGGUUUGAGUAAGAAAUACAGAAAAUAAAAUUAUCUUCCUAGCCAGAGUAGCUGAGAGGGUGUUGCUGAAAAGAGAAAAUAUACUUUAAUGACAGAAGACUUGAUUUUUAAUAGUACGGAGUACUAUACUAUAUGCAAAUGUUAAAGGUUCAGGACACUGUAUGUAGAUUCUUUGAGAAUGGAGUGGCUUGUUCGAAAAGUUCUAUCUAAAGAUGGAUAAUACUACUUGUGCAUCUUGAAAUAUUUCCAUCUCUUCAUUUAACUACAUUAGGCUCUAUUAAACUUUGUUUCGAAUUUAAGAGCCACCAGUUUGGAGAGCUUCCACUUGAGGCUGUAACAAAGAUAUCAUUAGUGUAAGUGUAAGUGAACUUGAUUUACGGUUCUUAAUUUACAGUUUUGGUUACUGAAACAGAAUAGGUGCGUUAAGUGGAAAAGGGGGCGCUAGUUGUGAUGGCGGUGCUUGAUCAAUAGAGACGUUUAUUAGAAUAAAGGCACUUACCGACAAAAACAAAUUUGAAGGGGGGGGGGUCGCUUAUCAGAGAGGGAGCACUUAUUAUAUGGAGGGCGAUAAAUCAAAAUUAUUAAGGUAAACAAUUUCAAUUAGAUCUCUUGUUUCAUGUCAACAACUGAGGCGUUGCACGGUAAUUUGACAGAAAUGCCCGUCAUAAAUGUAUGUUACUGUUUCCAAAUAAUAACUAAGGUCAUGGUUUUGCAAAAUAACAUAGCAGCCUGGAGUAGAUUACGUACUCGUCAUUGCAUGACAGGAGGAGCCUGCAAAGAGUUCAGCGGUGCUAUACUAAAUAGGCAAACUGCUGCUAUCGUUUGAGUGUUAUAAGUUGUUUCUCACUAUAUGAGGAAAGAAUCUGCCGAGAAUACCGAAGCUGGAACAUAGCAAUGGCUGCUGAAGACAACUGGCAGACAAAACUCCAAACUAUCGUCGAGAGAACCGCGUUUAUUUUCAAUAACGAGAUGCUAAGCGACGUGAAAUUUGUGGUUCCUGUGUCGAGUGGAGAAAGCGAAAGUAUGAAAGUGAUCCCAGCUCACAAGUUUGUGCUAGCAAUCAGUAGUCCUGUGUUCUUUGCUAUGUUCUAUGGUCAAAUGGCGGAGACAAAAGACUCUAUUGAAAUACCUGACUGUGAUUACGACAGUCUGUUGGAGUUGUUUCGCUUCCUCUACUGCGACGAAGUGACUUUAAGCGAAAGUAAUGUAAUGCAAGUGAUUUACUUGGCGAACAAGUACAUGGUGCCUUCACUCGCUGAGAAGUGCACAGAACAUCUCUGCAACAAUUUGACAGCAGCAAACGUGUUUAGCAUUCUGCCAUACGCCCAGAAAUUUCAGGACAAGAAUUUGGAAGAACGAUGCUGGAAAGUUAUCGAGAUUGUCACAGAGGAAGCUGUGACGUCAAACGACUUUGUGACAGCUGAGCGAUCUGUUGUUGAGUCUCUUGUGAAGAGAGAAGUGUUGUGCGUGACGGAAGUGGAACUGUUCAAAGCUGUUGAUCGCUGGGCCACAGAAGAAGGAAAACGGCAGGGACUUACACUUGAUGGAGAGACGAAGAGACGACUUCUUGGAGAGGAAAUCGUGAAAGGAAUACGCUUUCCGUUAAUGUCAUCAGCGGAGUUUGCCACGGUAGUCUACGACACUGAUAUUUUAUCUCGGAAGGAGACAGGCGACAUGAUUAAAUACUACAGUGAUGUCUUGAAAACUCCUUUACCAUUUUUGCAGGGAGCAAGGAAGGAGCUUCUUGGAUUUCGAGUCAACAGAUUUAACGAUAAUUGUUGGCCAACUGGAUCUUGGAAUUACAUUAGGGGCGUCCCUGAUAGAAUUCAUUUCUCCGUGAACAAGCCUAUUAAGUUGCUUGGAAUUCAGCAUUUUGGUUCUGAGGAUGGUGAGCACACAGUCUCCACUAAGGUCAAAGAUACAGCCACUAACUUAACUGUUGUCGAACGAUCAGGAACAUUCACUUCAGAAGAGGACGUGAACAAUAAUUAUUAUGGCUUUUUUGUUUCUUUUGGUAAUCUGGUUUGCUUGGAGGCAAAUAAGCAGUAUACGCUAGAGUCACUUAUCAACGGUCCUGAAUCAUGGUACGGAAAAGAUGGACGAACGUCCGUUGAAGCAGAAGGAGUGCAAUUUACUUUCAGUGAUCCAAAAGAUACUGGCAAUGGCACCAUGGUAGUACAUGGCCAGUUUCCAGCUUUUAUUUUCAUCUGAACUGUAUCUGUAUCUACGUACAGUUGAUAUCAAUAUCCUGACUUAGUUAGUUUUUGCGAAAUUGGUCACAGUAUUUCUUACUGGUUAUAACAGCCAAAUUGUACCAAGCUUUGCAAACGAAAUGAAUUGGUAAUUAAUCAUUUCUGUGAUAGCCUUAAGACAUUGAAAUAGUAUCACCGAGACCCAGAUAUUUUACCCAGUACUUAUCAGGUCAAAUUACAAAUAGCUUAUUAGUCAAUCUUUGUCAAAUACUUUUUCAUUAUAAUGAAUAAAAAUGAUCACAAAAGAGUUUGACAAUCUUCUUAGUUUUGAAAUUUGCCUAUGAUAUUUGGUCUUUCAGUGCAAGGUUUACCACCGAUAAUUUCUCUAUGAAACACAGCUUUAUCAACCUUCUCUCUCAAAUCCUUUAAUCUUUUAAUGACGAUCAUCCUCUAUCUUCUCCUUACGGUAUCACUGCUGAGUACAACGUUAAGGGGCUACUCGCCGGGGGAGGGGAAGGGUGUGUGGAGACUUUUUGUGUAGGGGGGAUCACGUGGGUUUUAGGGGGCACAGAGGAAUGUAAAAGGGAGGACUACAGAAAAGUGACUACCAGUUAACUGAUAAUGGAAGGGAAUCAUGAGAAUAUUACAGAACCUCACGGGGAGAUCAGCUGGAUUUUUAUUGUGACACAACCAAGAUCCUCCAAUCCCCUUCGCAGAUUACUCCUCUCGCUUAUUUUUUAAAUAUACUUUCAUUAAAUGAUCUGAUGGAGUAGCACUUGUGGCUAGCAGUUUGAUUAAAGCUGCUCAGUCAGUCUUAAGAGCUAAUAUCAGCAUGCAUCAAACAAACAGCGGCAAGUCACUCAAAUUUGUUUUCCCUCCUACUUUUAUAAUUUGUAGCCCAUUAUGUUCUAAUAAUUGUGGUGUAGUUUUUUUCUAAAAAUAUAUUUUAGUUUUCGAGAAAUAAUUUUUUUCGUUCGACCGCUCAAAUAUGCAAAUUUUCACCGUGAAUAUUACCCGAGUUGUGUGACCUCAUGUAUCAAAUGUACCAGACCUACGGUAUUUCUGUGAACAUAAUCCUUUGUUUUAUCAUCUAAAUUUAAUCUCCUGUCGUUAUUGAAGCUGCCAAGGAAAUAUUCCUUUUUUGGUGAACAUUUUUUUCCGACAUACUUUUCUUAUGUCGAAAAGUAGCAUCAAAACAAAGACAGUUUUAACAAUGACCAAUAUGACACAAUCUACUGAGCUUCAAACUUUUAAAAGACCAAAGGAUGGAUAUAAAGUUACUAUAAAAAUUUCCUUGUGUAUUUGCGUUGUUCUAUCUUGAGACGAACUCAAAGUCCGGCAAAAUUUACUUGAUAGCAACCAUGAAAUGUACAUGUACACGUACUCCAAUAGUGCUAUUACUGAAACAGAAUAAGUGCGUUAAUUGGAAAAAGGGGCGCUAGUUGUAAUGGCAGUGCUAAAUCAAUACAGACGCUUAUUAGAAUAGAGGCGCUAACCAACAAAAACAAAUUUUUGGGGGUCUCUAAUUAGAGAGGGAGCUUAUUAUAUGGAGGGAGCUAAAUCUAAUUAUUACGGUAAACAAUUUCCAGUAGAUCUCUUGUUUCAUGUCAACAACUGAGGCGUUGCUCGGUAAUUUGACAGAAAUGCCCGUCAUAAAUGCAUGUUACUGUUUCCAAAUAUUAACGUAUGUCAUAGUUUUGACAAAAAACAUAUCAGCCUGGAGUAGAUUACGUAGCGCACCAUUCCCGUCAUUUCGUGACGGGAGGAGCCUGCAAUGAGUUCAGCGGUGUUAUCCUAAAGAGGAAAACUACUGCUAUCGCUACGUGUUAAAAGUUGUUUCUCACUAUAUGAGCAAAGAAGCUGGAACAUAGCAAUGACUGCUGAAGACAACUGGCAGACAAAACUCCAAACUAUCGUCGAGAGAACCGCGUUUAUUUUCAAUAACGAGAUGCUAAGCGACGUGAAAUUUGUGGUUCCUGUGUCGAGUGGAGAAAGCGAAAGUACGAAAGUGAUCCCAGCUCAUAAGUUUGUGCUAGCAAUCAGUAGUCCUGUGUUCUUUGCCAUGUUCUAUGGUCAAAUGGCGGAGACUAAAGACUCUAUCGAACUACCUGACUGUGACUACGACAUUCUGUUGGAGUUGUUCCGCUUCCUCUACUGCGACGAAGUGACUUUAAGCGGCAGUAAUGUGAUGCAAGUGAUUUACUUGGCGAACAAGUACAUGGUGCCUUCACUCGUUGAGAAAUGCACGGAAUAUCUUCGCAACAAUUUGACAGUAACAAAGGUGUUUAGCAUUCUGUCAUGCGCCCAGAAAUUUCAGGACAAGAAUUUGGAAGAACGAUGCUGGAGAGUUAUCGAGAUUUUCACAGAGGAAGCUGUGAAGUCAGACAACUUCGUCACAGCUGAGCGAUCUGUUGUUGAAUCUCUUGUGAAGAGAGACGUGUUGAGCGUGACGGAAGUGGAACUGUUCAAAGCUGUUGAUCGCUGGGCCACAGAAGAAGGAGAACGGCAGGGGCUUACACUUGAUGGAGAGACGAAGAGACGACUUCUUGGAGAGGAAAUCGUGAAAGGAAUUCGCUUUCCGUUGAUGACAUUGACGGAGUUUGCCACAGUAGUCUACGACACUGCUAUUUUAUCUAAGAAGGAGACAGGUGACAUGAUUAAAUUUUACGGCAAUGUCAUGAAAAUCCCUUUACCAUUUUUGCAGGGAGCAAGGAGGAAGCUUCUUGGAUUUCGAGUCAACAGAUUUAAUGGUUACUGUAAGCCAGCUACAGCUUGGAAUUACGAUAAGGGCCUCCCUGACAUUGUUCACUUCUCCGUAAACAAGCCUAUUAUGUUGCUUGGAAUUCAGCAUUUUGGUUCUGAUGGUGGCGAGCACACAGUCUCCACUAGGGUCAAAAAUAUAGCCACUAAUUUUGCUGUUGUUGAACAAUCAGGAACGUUCACUUCGGAAAAGGAUGCGAACAAUAAUUAUUAUAGCUUUUUUGUUUCGUUUGGUAAUCUGGUUUCCUUGGACGCAAAUAAGCAGUAUAUGUUAGAGUCACUUAUCAAGGGUCCUAAGUCAUGGUACGGAAAAGAUGGACAUAUGUCUAUCGAAGCAGAAGGAGUGCAAUUUACUUUCAGUGAUCCAACAGAUACUGGCAAUAGCACCGCGGUAACAAAAGGCCAGUUUCCAGCUUUUAUUUUCAUCUGA